CUGUGCGGAGGGCUGCGAGACACUUUGUCCCGUCCGAGCAAAGCGGAGCGGAGCGGAGAGGGACCCUUCUCCACGCCGCGCCGAGAUUUGCUGGCCGGGCCUUAGUAGGCUGACCCGGGGGGUUGGUUUGUUCGCUUGCUCACUUACUCACUCAUUCGGGAGUGAUUCUUUUCCAGCUUCUUGAGCACAGAGCGGAGAAAGAAGAGUCAGAGGAGGAAGAAGCCAAGGGAGAGCGCGAGGCCGGCGGGCGACUUUUCCCGGCCGCGGGACCCGACGGGACGGGUCCCGCGGCCGCGAAGCGGGGCCGGCGAGGGAAGCGCCUCCUUGGGUUGGGGCUCGAGCACCUUGGGCGAAGGAGGGAAGCAGCGGGGCGCUGGGUGGGGGCUUGUCCGGAGAAGCCUGGCUCGGGGCGCGGGGCGGGUGAGGCGAGGGAGGCGAGGCGAGGGGACUCCCGAGUGGCUUCCCUGCCCGGCGACUCUGCUUGCGGGCGGCUCCUCCUCCUUGAUUGACAAAGCCCGGCGCGGGCAGGAGAAGGAGCGGCAGCGGGAGAGAAGGAGCGAGGCUGCCUAGCUGGCUUCCUCCGCGGCGUGCCCUCCUCCCUCUGCUCCCCGCUUCCCCGUCGGUAGGCGCCGCGCAUCCCGGGGCUCCCGGCGCGGGAGGAGGGAAGCAGGGAGCGGAGGAGGAGGAGGAGGAGGAGGAGGGGGAGGAGGCAGCCAGAGCGGGAAGACGGCGUCGGCGGGGGGCUCUCCGCCUUGGGAGGAGGCGAGGCGGCGGCUGCGGGCCGGUCUGGCGCGGUGGGGGCGGCCAGGAGGGGGGAGCCGCGUCGCCGCCGCCGCCUCUGCGCUGCCCGUCAGCCUCGCCUGGGCCGAAGGAGGCUUCGGCGGCGGCGGAGGCGGCGGCGGCGGCGGCGCCCAGCUCUUCUUCUUCCGCCUAGUCCGGGAGGAGGGGGGGGCAGGGGCGGCCGAGGCAGCAGCGAUGGACGAGGCGCCCGCCCCGGCCGAGCAGCCGCAGCCGCGGCAGGAGCAGCUCCAGCAGGAGCAGGAGCCGCCGCCGCCGCCGCCGCUGAGCCUGCAGAAAGCGCUGCAGCAGUGCGAGCUGGUCCAAAACAUGAUCGACAUCAGCAUCUCUAACCUGGAGGGGCUGCGCACCAAAUGCGCCACGUCCAACGACCUCACGCAGAAGGAGAUCCGCACCUUGGAGACUAAACUGGUGAAGUAUUUCAGCCGUCAGCUCUCUUGCAAACGGAAGGUGGCCCUGCAGGAGCGCAAUGCCGAGCUGGAAGGCUUUCCACAGCUUCCCCAUUGGUUCCGCAUUGUCAACAUCCGCAAGGAGGUCAUAGAGGAAAUCACUCCUGCUCAAUUGAGCCUGGAGGACCUUCUGGAAAUGACAGAUGAACAGGUCUCUGAGACAGCAGAGAAGUAUGGGGCCAACAAAGAGGAAUGUGCCCGACUCAAUGCCUCCCUUGCCUGCCUCAGGAUUGUCCACAAAUCAGGAAGCAGUCUUUCCAAGCAGGAUUGGACCAUUCAGUGGCCAAAGACAACUGAGACUGGCAAGGAGAAUAACCCCAUGUGCCAAAUGGAGACCAUGCAGUGGAUCCGCACUAAUCUUUCUCCAAGUCCCAAAGCUCAGGCAAAGUGCAUUCAGCAUUACUGCCAACCGGCUGUGUCACACGGAGCGGUGUUUACCCAUGUGGAGAGGCUGACUGUGGAAGGCUUUCCAGGGCGCGGUCCUCCAAUGGAAUCCGGCCACCGCUCCUUGCCCCCCUCCCCACGCCAGAGGCACGUUGUCCGUACUCCACCACGCACCCCAAAUAUCGUCACCACCAUGACUCCGCUUGGCACCCCACCAGUCCGGAGGAGAAACAAGAUGAAACCAGCAGGCACGCCACCCCCUUCCUCUAGGAAACUGAUUCACCUGUUCCCAGGCUUAACAGCUUUACAUCGCAGCAAAUCCCAUGAGUUCCAGCUAGGCAAUAGAGUGGAGGAGGCUCACACCCCUAAAACCAAGAAAAAAAGCAAGCCUCUGAAUCUCAAGAUCCACAGCAGUGUGGGGAGCUGUGAGAACAUUCCAGCCCAGCGCUCUCCCCUCCCAGAACGCUCCCUGCGAUCUUUCUUUGUUGGACACCGCCCUUUCCUUCCUUCUACCCCUCCUGUCCACACCGAUGGCCCCUCCUCAACAACCUUCCUUCAGCCUGUUCCCAGUGCCAAUGCUGCUGAAAGCCUACCAGCUAGACAGAGGAGGAGGAAAAAAGGGUUCUGGGCAGGCAUAAAAAGCUUCUUUGUCAAAGCCUUGGUUAAUGGAGAUACUCUGUCAGUCCCUCGGUGGUCCCCGCAAAUUCCUCGGCGGGAUCUGGGAAACUCAAUCAAACACAGGUUUUCCACCAAGUACUGGAUGUCUCAGACAUGUACUGUUUGCGGGAAAGGAAUGUUGUUUGGACUGAAAUGUAAAAACUGCAAGCUAAAGUGCCACAACAAAUGCACCAAAGAGGCUCCACCUUGUCACCUGUUGAUCAUCCAUCGUGGAGCAAGAUUAGUCCGGACGGAAUCUGUGCCAUGUGAUAUUAACAACCCAUUACGGAAGCCCCCCAAAUAUGCAGAACUGCAUGCCAGCCAGACCCUUCCCAAAACCAACAAAAUCACCAAGGAUAACAUCCCAGCGCCCUACCAGCCUGAUUCCAGCAGCAAUCCCUCCUCAACCACCUCAUCCACCCCUUCCUCGCCAGCUCCUCCUCUGCCACCAAGUGCCACUCCGCCUUCUCCCUUGCACCCCUCCCCGCAGUGCUUGCGGCAACAGAAACAGUGCAAUGUGCCAGGUGCCCCUUUGUCAUCCCAGUACUACAAGUCCAAGCAGCAAUUCAUCUUUCCGGAUAUUGUGCCUGAGACAUCUACCCGAACACCCCAAGUUGUUCUCCAUCCAGUGAAUUCUAGCACCAUCCUGGAAGGAAAUCCAUUACUUCAAAUUGAAGUGGAGCCAACCUCCGAGAAUGAACAGGGAAAUGAUGAGGAAUAUGAGGAUGAGUUUGAUGAGAUGAACCUCUCCCUCCUCUCUGCUCGCAACUUCCCUCGCAAAGCCAGCCAGACCAGCAUUUUUCUGCAAGAAUGGGACAUCCCCUUUGAGCAGUUGGAGAUUGGUGACCUGAUUGGCAAGGGUCGCUUUGGACAGGUGUUUCAUGGGCGCUGGCAUGGGGAGGUGGCCAUCCGCCUCAUUGACAUUGAGCAGGACAAUGAAGGCCAGCUGAAGGCUUUCAAGAGAGAAGUGAUGGCCUACAGGCAGACCCGACAUGAGAAUGUGGUCCUCUUCAUGGGUGUUUGCAUGAGCCCUCCCCAUCUUGCUAUCAUCACCAGCCUGUGCAAAGGACGAGCCCUCUAUGUAGUGGUGAGAGAUGCCAAAACUGUUCUGGAUGUCAACAAAACAAGGCAGAUUGCUCAAGAGAUUGUGAAGGGAAUGGGCUAUCUUCAUGCCAAGGGGAUUCUCCACAAAGAUCUGAAAUCUAAAAAUGUUUUCUAUGACAAUGGGAAAGUUGUUAUCACCGACUUCGGCCUCUUCACUAUAUCAGGAGUUCUGCAAGCAGGCAGAAAGGAGGAUAGGCUGCGUGUCCAGCAUGGCUGGUUAUGCUAUUUGGCUCCAGAGAUCAUCCACCAGCUCUCACCUGAGACAGAAGAAGACAAGCUGCCUUUCUCCAAGCACUCUGAUGUCUUUGCUUUUGGCACCAUCUGGUAUGAGCUGCAUGCUCGGGAAUGGCCCUUCAAGACCCAACCAGCUGAGGCAAUCAUUUGGCAAAUCGGUCGAGGGAUGAAGCCAAACCUCAGCCAGAUUGGCAUGGGGAAGGAGAUCUCGGACAUUCUGCUCUUUUGCUGGGCCUAUGAACAGGAUGAACGACCAACCUUCUUAAAGCUCAUGGAGAUGCUGGAGAAACUGCCAAAGCGGAACCGUCGCCUUUCCCACCCUGGCCACUUCUGGAAGUCAGCAGAGCUGUGACAGAUGGCUCAGAGGGAUGGUGCCUUUUUAUGCCUUCCUUCCUCACUUCACCACCACCACCACCACCACCACCACCACCACCACCACCUCCUCCUCCUCCUCCUCCUCCUCCUCUUCCUCAAUCCAUGGAAGGUAUGGCAACCUGGGCAAGUCCCAGAACAAAAGAGCAACAGACUCGUGGUUUUUUUUCCUCCAGAAUGGACCCAACGCCCCAAUAGCAAGAGUUGCACUCUGUCUCAGGGUGCAGACGAAGAGCAGGUGGGACAACAUUUGAAGCAGUUUUUGAAUGAAGUCCUACAAGAACGCUCUUCUGCGCUGCCUUCUGCUAACAACAUUGGAAACGUGGGACACCAUCUGGUCUUUGAGUCCCUCCCGCUGGUUGCUCUUUCAUCAAGAGUUUCAUUGGAGGGUCACCAUUUCUGUGAAGCUAUGAGCAGCGCCUUUCCCAGCUGAUGUGGAUUUUAUUCAAAUUGAGUUUAUUUGUUGUGUUAUCUUAUUGUAUUCAUUUGGAGAUAAAUGCUUCUGAACCCUUUUCUCCCUAGUUAAAUGCCUACAAGAGCUACUGCAAAAGAGAGCAGGAUUCCUGAACUAUUGGUCAUUCAGCUACUAAAGAUGCAGUAACCCUGCACUCUUUUGCAUCUGUUUGUCCUUACAGCGGGUGGGGGUCCCCUGGUAGCAAAUUCCUCAUUUGAACACCUGAGAACUCAAAUGAGGUUGACAAAUUUGUGACCCUCCAGAUGUUGUUGGACCACAACCAGAGUUUGGUUUGGUGACUUUUGGGACUGCAACUCUCAGAAUCCUCCAGCUAACACAGCCAGUUGCUGUGUAAACUAGGGGGAAUUCUGGGAGAUGCAGUCCUAAAGUCACCUCUGCAAGCUUGGGCUGCAACUCCCAUGCCUAGUCACACUCCACUGUGCUGGCUGAGACUAAUGGGAGUUUCAGCCCAACAACCUUAACAAAACCCUGCAGCCUUCGCCCCUGCCCUGCCCUUCGUGAUUAUCAGCCCAGUAUUUGCAGUUGUGCUUGUUUCUUUGGUGUGUGGAACUGGUUGCUUUUCCAGCCUUCCUUGCUCUCUCUGUUGCUGCUUCCUUCUUGAUUGUACGUGGCAUAUUCAGUGUCUCAUGCAGGAGUGUGUCAGUGCUUGGAAAUGUUACUUUUGUGGACUAGUGGGGAAUUGUGCAACCUGUCGCUCCUAUCGUUAGCAUUUCCAUAGUCUCCUUCUAACCAGGAGCUGCUUCUGUCUGCUUAGAUAUUUGAUCAGGCACGCAUGCAUCCAUCAGUGCUCUGCUAGAUGGCAGGGCUUUACGAAUUGGACAUGGCGUGGACAACACAGCCUGCGUGCCAGGUGAGCUUGUGGAAGCCUCCUUCUCUACCCCUGCUUCAGAUCCAGUUGCUGGCUAGCAAGAUGUAGGGUCCCAGAAAUAGUGGGGGAAAGGAUAGGAGAAAAAACUUCUACCCCCAUUGGAGUGGUGGUGGGUGGGGUAUGUUUGUCCUAUUUUUCCCCAAGCUUUUUAUCUGGGCCUUUGCAUCUCUCCUCUCAGCUGUCUGGGACUCCCUUCCAACCAUGUGUUUGUGCUAUAGCUGAACUUUCAGACAUCAGGCCAGCCUAUUUCUUCUGAUGGAGGAGGUAGAUGCUGCCCUGAUGCUAUAGUUGUUGUAAGGUUGCCUUCUGUACAUAGUUAUUUGUUUCAGGCAGGAACAUAACUUGCUGUACCCCUGCCUGCGAUUUCAAACAGGUUGUUGUUUGAAGUUACACGUGUUACGGCAUUUGACAAUGCCUUGCUUACAAAUGGGAUAAGAGGGCUAUAUUCUUCAUCUUAUGCCCCCCCGGGGGCCUCAUUGUAGAAAGGAAACCAAUAGGGUUUCAACAUUCCAUUUUAGAACUGUGGCAGAAUUUCUUUGUAUUUAUUUAUUUAUUAUUUAUUUAUUUAGAUGCUAUAGUUGCACCCUGGAUUUCCUCUGUUAACGCUCUCAUAACGUACAUGGCUCUUCUUCUUCCAACCCUUGUAGCCAGCCGCUUAGGUGGGCCAGACUGCUGUUGCUAGGCCCAAAUUCACCACAUCUGUCUCAUGGCCAAGUGGGAGUUAAAGUCUGGGUCUUGACUGUCCUAGUCCAACCAUGGCAUUUCAGUGCCUUUGAUAUUGUUCUCUGAAUCCCACGCCCAAAGAAAGCUACUUUCCAGUUUUCUUUCUCCUAAUAAUCUGGUCCAAUAUCUGUGUGGCAGUCACUGUGUUUUCUCCACAAUAUGGGGACACUGCAACAAGCGCAGAAUUGCUUCUGGAGCCACAUGGAGCAAGAAAACUGAAAUGAAACAGUUGGGGGGGGGGGGGGCAGAGGGGUGUAAGUAGCUUCUAUGGCUAAUGGUGAGCCUUUCCCUGAGAAAAUGGAGAAAUCCUUCCCUGCUUGACUCUAGUGCUUUAACCCUCACUUGUAGACUCUAUCACUGUUGAGUCCAAGUCUUGGUUCUCUCCCAGGUUUCCAUGUCUUUGUGUUGUCUCUCCAAAGCUAUGCUCCUCAUUCCGUGCUUCUCCUCUUGGGUCAGAUCUGUGCGAUGUGUCACCAAUAUUUUGCUGAUUCCCAGGCCUUGGUUACACAGGGCAAGGAUGGCAAAACCUUCAUGUACAUCAGAGCUCUUCCAUGACCAGUCCAGGUUCUGAUAGGAGAGGUGAGGUCUGCUGACAUUUUUUCAUUCCAGCCCUCACAGCAAGGAAUCUGGCAGGUCCAACUGAAAUGUUAUGUAUUUUGAAAGGAAAUGGGUUAGGAAAUGGGCAAAUACAAAUUGCCUUCAUAAUCCGUCUGAGAUGUAUGAUUCCUUUGGUUGUGGAAACAACAAGUUUGGGAAGUGGGCCACUUUGGCAGCCUGUGGCCCACAAUUUUCACACACGUAUCUUGCAGGCUGCCCAAGCCCAGACAUAGUGGAAAAAUUACCAAAAGGGCAUGGCCCAAAGGCCAUUUCUGCGCUUGUUUUAUGAGUUGGGGGCAUCCUGUGCCCUAUGUUCUCAUGAAAUCACUGUUCCCCCAGGCCUCCAGUAGCAGAGAAAGCAUUUUAAAGCUGUUUUUAAAAUGUUUUUGCAGCAUGAGGGGGUAUUACAGGGGCUCAGGGAAGCCUUGGGAUGGCAAAAGUAGGCUUUGGGGGCCGCCUCUGGCUCUCUAGGCACCUUUGCCAGCCCCUCAGUAGACUCUUUGUAACUGUGGAAUGUCACUCAUUUCACUUGUUUGGGUUGAACCCAAAUGUCCAUCUUUUUUUCAAACUAAAGAAGGAUUCUCCCUUUUUGCGAGGGCAGGAUAAGUGCUUCAUAACUUUGUUCUCCAUUUCCAUCCUCUCAUCAUAGCUGGGUUGUUCUAACAGUUAUGGCAACACUCAUUCAUUAGAGAGGUGCCAUUUUUUUUUCUCUUAUAAUGAAAUCAAAACCUAAGCGUGACCUGAGAGAAUGGGGGUUGGUAGCUGCAACUCGAUUUGGCUUCAGGACAAAGAAUCCAAGUAAGCAGGUCUGGCUGAGAACAAGGGCAUGGCUGCCUUUCCUCCAUCAGAGUAUUUCAGCCAUGGACAAGUGAUGCUCCUGAGGAGCAGGGCACUCCAUCUCUGCUAGCAGCAUGGGGAGACAAACAACUUGACCCUCUGCAAAGCAUGAAUGAGCAAUUGCUAAAAGGGUUGGACAGUGUGUCCCCUGCCAACAGGGCAGGACAAGGGAGCAUUUUCACAGUAGAAUACCCUCUUGCUUGGCAGGUACAUUAGUCGGCGGCUGGGGGGGAAUGUUGAUGAAGGAGGGCAGACUAACAGGGCCCUGUCCCAACUUUAACCAGAUGUUCAUGAGAUAGACCAGGGACUAGGUUAAAAACAAGGAACAGAUAUUGUCAAGAAGCAAAGAAAUUACAGUCCCCACUGCUCUUUUCGUUUCUUUAAGGUGGGGGGGGGGGUGUCUACCAAGGUGGCGUUGUGGGUAGCAAUUAACCUAGACAUGCUCAGUAGUGGUUGGAAUUGAUCAAAGUACAGCAUGUUCUAGAAGAAAGCACAAAGUACUAUUCAGUUCUGUCACUCUCUCUCAAACACACAUACACACACUUACAUUUCUUAAGUGGGCCAGAUCAUUACUAGUAACUACGAUAAGCUGCGAUAGUGUAUUUGGCAUAGUUCUAAGCAUCAAGGCAGUGUGGACUGAAAGCUGCUGUCAUGGGUCUUUUCUGAGGACAGUUUUGAAUGCCUAUAUUAAACUCAUCCGUCAGUGUUGAGACUAGAAACUUGGGUUGCAAUUGAAAACUAUCCAAAUCAAUGACUCUUUUGAUCUUCAUUGCAGUGGAAAGGAGACUGGAAGGAAGGAAUACAGACAGAGUGACAGAAGUAGGUUUUUAACCCAUGUCUGCUGGCAGAUAAACCUCUUUCAAGACAGUUUUAUUGCCCACUUCAAUCCUUCUCAAAUUUUCCAUUUUUCUUAGUGCAGAGACCAUAUUUGGACCAUAUUUGGAUAUGGCAAGACUGCAACCAUCUUGUCUCUGAUGCAACUUUUCUAAACUGUGCCUAAGUUGCCCUGUUUGCCUUUCAUUAUGCAGUGAAGAGCGCUGUCCUGUCACCAUUGUUGAAGGUCAGAUUCAGCUGCCAGCCACAUUAACAUCCACAAGUGCAUUUGAGUGGGUGUGUGCCAUCAUCUCCUUGGCCUCAGGCAGCAAAACGAUAUGGACUAGCCAUGUGGCAUAGCCACCACAUUUUUAAAAAUCACAUUUAGAAGACUUUUAAGGACAUGACUAGGUGAUCUUUCUCCUCAAACACUUUGCCAAGGUGAGCAGGUUUGCAGAGAGCCAGACAGGAGUGUUCUCUGUGGAUUCAAGAGCACUUGAUAUUCAGGAAGCAAAAGGAAGAAGCAGGAGGGAGCUUGUUUCGCUCACUUCUCUGCCCUAUAAAAAGGUUAAUUACCAAAUAGUGCUUGGAGUUUGCAUGGAUCCCAAUGGUGUCUUGAGUUCUGGAAGAGCGGUAUGUUUCGGAGAGUGACCAGCAUCACGAGGUGGAUAGCAGUGUAUGCCCUAAAUCAGAAGGCUGCUGCCAUGAACACAAUGGUCUACUUUAAAUUUGUAGAGAAUGUUUACAUGUAUAUUUGUGUGCCUUUACUUGUACCCUUUUGCUGGGUCUUUGUUAAGUUAGAUUUAUGGAAUGUAUAGUAUUGUAUGUGAUGUAUUCUACUUUUUAUAGGCAGGGCAGCAGACAAGACAAGGGCGCAUGUGGUAAGAACAGAUGAGUUACAGCAGGACAAAGUCACGUGUGGUAAGACCAGGCUAUGACACGUAUGGCAAAAUCACUUCAGCUACACCGGGUCCCAACUGAAACAAGGCAGAGUCUUUCAGGACCUUGGACAGAGCAGUCAGGCAGCCAGCCUGCUGAAAGGGAACUGUUGCUUCAGCAAAGUGCAAAGGCUUUAAGGAAGGUUAGUCAGAGGUGUCUUGCUUCUUCCGCUCACCCCCCUUCCUGAUCUCUCUACCCUUAAAGGGUUCUUGCUAAGGUUUGGCCCAGAAGUCUGUCUUCUGAGAGCAGAAUCCUAUUAACCUUAUAACCAAGUGAGCCGCCUGUACAAUGCCAUUGUUUUACUUUAACAUCUUAGAAUGACGGUCUUACACAUAGGAGUAGGAGAAUAAGACUAAAUGAGACCAUUCGGCCAACAUCCGCCAUAAAUUCCUUGAUCGCCUUCUCCUUCCCUUCAGGCAAGGGUGUCAUUUGCAUCACACAGCCUUAUUUUUGAAAGUCUUUGUUAUUAAUAACAAAUCUUAAUUUUUCCCACCUUCCCUGAUCUUUAUCGCUUAGGUCCCCACCACCCACUUCAACCCCAGCUUUUUUCUGUAGAUUUUUAUCCGGUUUAAAAAUAACUCGCUCUUCGAAACAGAGGAUACAAGGGAAAUCACCACAAUACCAUCUAAUAGGAGAUCCGCAGGAGUGACAGGGGUCAUCCGGUAGCUUGGAUUUAUUAGCAAGCUCCAUAGAGACAUGGGUUUAUUUACAGAUCUGCCAAGCAAGCUUUCGAUCUCUCCCCCCCCCCCCCCCACUCCAUUUCAGGCCCUUGCAUCUGGCUUUGUUCAUUCACAAAAUGGCUCCUAUGCACAACAAGCAAAAGGAAACUGGACACCCCAAAUGCAGGGGAUAGAUGAAGGAUUUAAUUUAUUUUGUUUUACUUUUUAGGUAAGAGCUUUUUAAAAAUGUUGUGAGUGCAAAAUUAGGGUUACCUAAUUCUGAAGACCCUUUAAGGGUUUGCUUAAAGGCUCCUCAUUUUUAAGAUAUCCUGAUUCUUCAGAAUUAGCUUAAAUAAUAAUAAUAAUAAUAAUAAUAAUAAUAAUAAUAAUAAUAAUAAUAAUAAUAUACUUUAUUUCUAGACUGCACUCUCUCCCCAGAGGGACUUACAUAUAAACAGCAAACAUUCAAUGCCACAAUUUUGUCAUUAAUAUUCAAAGUAUAAAAUGACAAUAACAUACAGAUUAUAAUAAAAAUUCCACAUUAGAAAAACAAUAAAUUUAAACAUGACAGUCAGUAAAAACAUUAUUGCACAGAGCGAGCGUAUACCUGGACAAAUUUAAAUGGCCAAGUUGCUUAAAAUGACAUCCUUGCCUGAUGGGAAGGAGAAGAAGACCAAAGAAAUGUAUUAUUAUUAUUACUAUUAUUAUUAUUACUAUUACAUUAUCAAUGGUCUGGGAACUAUGAGCCCCUAUGAGGAGCAGCUUAGAGAAUUGGGGAUAUUUAGCCUAUAGAAGAAAAUAUUCAGAGGGGACGUGAUAGCCACUUUUAAAUAUUUGAAAGGAUGUCGUGUUGUUUUCUGCUGCCAGAGACCAGGACACGAAGCAAUGGAUUCAAACUACAGGGAAAGAGAGUCCACCUAAACAUUAGGAAGAGCUUCCUGAUGGUAAGAACAGUUCAGCUGGGAGUCUGGUGGAGGUUGAAUGGCUAUCCUUUUAGAGUACUUUGAUUGCGUCUUCCUUCCUGGCAGAAUGGGGUUGGACUAGAUGGCCUUGGGGGGGUCUCCUCCAACUCUAGGAUUCUAUUAUAGUUGUGUAAGAACACAGAGCAAUGGAUUCAAAUUUCAGGGAAAGAGAUUCCAGCUAAACGUUAGGAAGAACAUUCUGACAAGUAAGAGCUUUUUGACAGGUGAAGUGUAGUGGUGUGUCCUUCUCUGGUGGUUUUUAAGCAGAGGCUGGAUGGUGGUUUGUCCGGAUUGCUUUGGUUGUGUAUUCCUGGUUGGCAGAAUAGAGUUGGACUGAAUUGCUUUGGAGGGGGGUCUCCUUCAACUAUAGGAUUCUAGAAUUAACUUGGUGUCUGUGUGCAAUCAGAGGUAAUAAAGAGUUUGGCUAUGGGAGACUUUUUAAAAAGAAAAAUAACAACGUACCUCUCCUUUCCUCUACCUUAUUAUUAUUAUUACUAUUAUUAUUAUUAUACACCACUUGUUCUCUCUUAGAAGAGAGAUAAAUAAAAACAGGGCAAAUUAAGAGCUACAAAGAAACUAGCACCAUAUUUAUAAAUGUAAUUUAGAGAAACUGGAUUUUAGAAACCUUUGCUAUACUAAGCCAUGGAUUUCAGUGGGAAAAUAACUGCUGGCAGUUACUGACCCUGUGUGGCACAGAUAGUGUUGAUCUUGGCCAAUGUGUCCUGCAUUGUGAGAACUGUGCACAAAAAUGCAUUUCUAGACUUAUACCUGAAUCUAUAGAGUAGCCACUGAACCUGGCCCAAGUUUCCCACCCUGGUUUUAGUCAGUGGAGAGGGUGUAAACUUUGUAGUUACUUGCUAGGUUGUCACUUUUGUAACAGCAGGAAAAUUGGAUGGAAGGUUGGUCAGUUUGUAGCAGAGGGAAGUCAACCUGCCUCUCUUCUCUGCCAGUUCACUGCAGCAGUUGGAGUGGCAGAUGCCUUGUUGGAGUGGCAUGCCUGCUUUAGACACAAAAGUAUCUUCUUUCUUUCUUUCUUUCUUUCUUUCUUUCUUUCUUUCUUUCUUUCUUUCUUUCUUGGGAGCAUUCAGUGGUUUUGAUCACAGGCAGUCUAGAGAGUGAAUCUUCCAGAUCUUGGGACACUUUCCCCAAGUUUUGGGGGGCGGGGGAUGUUUCUUGAUCGGCCAGGCAAUGUUUGGCCAGUUUUUUCAGCUUCAUUGUAUUCAACUGAACUGACUCUUGACUACAGCCUGACAUCCUACCAUUUCCAUAAUCCCUGAUAGAUAGAAGUUGGGGGCUUUAUCUCAUCGGUCAUCUGAAUAUCCCAUUCAGUAGGUGAGCAGCAACAGAGAUGAAAUGAAACCAGACUACAGAGAAAUAAGAAGAUAGGAUCAGUGUGCACAGGGAUAUCUCAAUUGAUACAAAAAUCAUACAAGCAAAGCAAAUUUUAGAAAGCUUAAGGGAGCAAACGUUUUAAAAAUUCCCUAGGAAUGAAGAGUCUUAGAUGUCCCAGAAAAGGAAGUGGAACACCAUGUGCAUACCUUGAACUGCUUCUAGCAACGUUUCACUGCCACUGCCCUUCAGAUGCUUUAGACUCCCAACUCUCAGAAUCGAAAGCCAAUGUGGCCAAUAGCUAGGGAUUCAGGGAGAUGAGGUCCAAGAUUGGUGGGCCAAAAAAUAAGAACUAUUGUCAUGUAAGAUUAUUCAAGGGGGCACAUCUGGUUGGAAGGCCUAACAGGAAUAAUUGGUUUGUGAUAUUACCUGUUCAAAGUAUGGAUUGGGAUCAUUAUGACAUUCAGAAAUUCACUGUGGUAUGGAGACAGUCACCUGGGGAAAAUGAGAACGUUACCAUCACGAUCCCUGUAGCCCACUUUGGUGUGGUCCUUGCAGACACAUGGAUUGACUGAGCAGCCUCCAGAUGUGUUUGAUGAAGUUCAGGUCACUGUGUCUGAGUAUUAUGGGAGUUGUAGUCUCACGUAUCUGGAAGGUGUCUGACUGUGCUGUUUUGUUUGUUUGUUUUUUUAGUUCAGUGGUUCUCAACCUGUGGGUCCCCAGGUGUUCUGGCCUGCAACUCCCAAAAGUUUUAACAGCUGAUAAAAACUGGCUGGGAUUUCUGGGAGUUGUAGGCCAAAACACCUAAGGACCCACAGGUUGAGAACCACUGGUUUAGUUAGUUAAAGUACAAAGAUGCCAAGCGACAGGGAGCUUCAUUCAGAUUCAUUCUCCAUAAAACUACACUCUUUUCUGCCUUCUGUACAUAAAUACAUGUAAAUAUAGGCUCACGUCUGUAUGUAUGCAUAGAUACGUAGAAAUACAUGCCAAAUCUCAGAUACUGUACAGCUUGGGUUUUGUUCUUGUUUUUGUUGUUUAAAAUGGCUGCUUUUGUGUUCUGUGUGGAUGUGCAGAGUGAGCUGUGACGUAUCAGUGUGGUCCAAUUCCCAAGCGGGGCAGUGGUGUAAGCAAAAUCCAUUCCACGAAGUGCACAGAACUCUUGUGGAAGCUGUGUAGUGCCAAUAGGCUGCUCUCUCUCGUUUUUCAUGCUUUCUUUCUGAAGUGUUCUUUGGUCAACUUACUCAAGCCAUUGUAAAGGUGUUUUAAAAAAUUAUGUUAUGUAGAUGCACAAGGACAUAUAUACAUUUGUUGUUGUGGUUUUUUUGAAGUAUUGAUCAUCACUACAGGAAAGGUAUUCUUGAUCUCAGAAGGAUUCAGUGAUCCUUUAAUCUAGAGGUGGGUAUUCUGCAUCCCACAUGCUCAGAAAAAUGCUGGGGGGGGGGGUAGAAUAAAUACAAAUAAAAAGUUUAGUGAGUGGAAGAAGGGUCCUAAACCACCACCAGCACCCCCCUUCCCCAGUUGCACUCUGACUUAAUCCAGAUCUAUAUUUGAAUCACUAACAAAGCAGAAAUAUCGAAGUGGUCCAGCAAGACAUUUGGGCUACUGCCUUCUUUGACUGCUCUGAGAUUAAUUCAAUUCCUUGUAUGUCGUUGGGCAUUAUCAUGAGAUGGUGGCAGUUAUAACAAAAUGCAGACAACUGGAACACUGCCACCUUGACUGUAUGUCUCUGAAUACGGAAUUGCAAAGCAUUUUGCUAUCAUAUGUCAAUAUUUCUGUUUUGUUAGUCAUGGGAGAGAGAGCGUGAGAGACAAAGUUAUAUACAGUAUGUCUUCAGUUCUAAGACAUACAUUCAUUCCAGCAUCACCAACAGAAAACUUUAUUUGCUCGGUUCUAAGGCGCACCCCAUUUUAAAAUAUGUUAUAUGUGCGUCUUAGAAUGGAAGAACUAAAGUAUAUACUAUCAGACAUAUAGAAAAGGAAGAUAUAUUAUACUAUCAGAAAGGCAAUUGACCAUCCACAUGCAUUAAAGUGCAUUCAUUUUAGAAAGCAGUAAAAGGAAAACAAAGGGACAGCAAAAAACCACUUUUGAGUGGAAGUUUCGUUGAGUUAAAAAGUUUUGGGCAGCAGGAUAUGUGUAACAAACUAUCCUGCUGGACCAUGUUCCCAUUCAUUAAAAAAUUACAAUUAUAAAUAACUAUAUAUGGAUUAUAAAUAUACUUAUUUUGUGGUGGUUGAUACUGAAUUGUCACCGUUGGUGGGGAAAGGGCGAUACAAACAAAACCACUGACUUGAGUGCAACCCGAAACUGGAAACAAACAAUGGCAUGGUGGUUCUCCUUGCAGAUUGUAAAUUUGUACAGUUACCAUUUAUAAAGUUUUCUAUACGCAAAGGGAAGUAUUUAUACUUUCUAUGGUUUGACUGGGGUGUGAGAUGCUGUAGACUGCACGUUUGAAACAAAACGACAGGUGGGUGGCUUUUCCUUUCUUCUUUGGUUUCCUUGUGCUUUUGUGAGGUGUUUGGUGAGUAAAUUAUGUAUGAAUUAUUUAUUCCAAUAAAAAAUUCAAAAUUAAA